UUUUUUUUAGGUAAUCUUGAUACUCGUAUCAAUUUAAAUUGAAAUAUACGAAUAUUGCAAUUUGAAAUUUAAAAAAAUGGUUGGAAAUGCCAUGACUCAUGAACUCACGAAAGGGCUGUGAUCUUCCUCAACAGUGAAGAAAACACCUAAAGAUUCUACACAUUUGACGGUUAAAUCAGAACUUUAUUUCAGAUUGAAAAUUCUUCUUCAAACAUGGAUGGUGGAGGAAAACGACAGUUGCCAUCAUGGAUGAUGAGAACUACUGCUACUGAGCAAGCAAGUAUUUCAGAGACAAACAAAGAAAACAUAGAAGGUUCUGUAAAACUUCAUACCCAAGCUGUCGAGCCCCAAAAGAAAAUUAAGGCAAAAAAGAAUGAUGCUGGGGUCCCAUUGAUUGAGGAUGAAUUGAAUUUGCUUAAAAAAUGUGAAACAAGAACAAGAAAAAGAAAGUUAAACAAGCAUGAUGAAGGUCAAGAAGAAAAAUUUCAUGAAGAUGAACCAUGCUCGCUUAAACCAUGUAGAGAAAGUAGAAGCAAAAGAAUGCCAACUAAGCAUAGUGAAGAUCGAGUUAAUGACUUUCUUGAAAGUGAUAUAGAGAAAAAAGUUGAUGGUGAAGUGAGAAAAAGAGCUCGAGAAAAUGAUCCCAGGAAGAAGCGCUUAAAAAAUUCGACGGAAGAAGGUCAAAAUGGAACAGCAGAAUCUAGUUCAAGUGAAGAUGAGCUUACGGUGGAAGAUCUAGUAAGCAUUGCUGAAGAGUAUUUAAAGGCUGAUAAGAUGGAGUGUCAUAAGUCAAAAAAGAUGGAAUUUGCACCAGAGACCAAACCUCAAAUUACAUCUGGUUCUGAGAUAGUUUUGGAGAAGAAUUAUCUCACGUCGAACACAGAAGUUAAGAUGGUUACCGAUCAGCCACUUUCUUCAGGCUCUUCUGUGACCAAGCCUUUAUCCAGUGAAGGAAGCUUUCUUAAUCCGAGUACCACUCGCGAACCUGGCCAAGACAUGCUUGAUUUGUUAUUGGGUCCCUUGCUAAGGAAGGCAGGAGAAGUGGAGAAGAAGACUGAUGCUAUAACUGAUAAAAACACGCUUGAUUAUGAGCUCAGCAAAAUAAGAAGUCAAAAUGACACUGUAGCAGAAGUGGCCCCUGUGAUGAAGAAGAAGUUUAGUCUUAAAGAGAGAGCAGGAAGACUCUGGGAUUGAAUAGCUGAGCUUGCUGAGUGUGAAAUAGUACUGAUUAUUCACUCUAAAGAAAUUCAUCAUCAAUGAGGAUUCGAGCUACAGUUUUGGCGUUCAUUCAUCACUUGCUUAUACCAAAGUUCAUGUGCUAAUUUUCCAUCCACGCGUUCGUGAUUGACUUUGCUACUGCAAAUUCUCAAGACAAGAAGAGUAAUUGAGAAAGGCGAUGAUUAAUCUUGGUCUGUGCUACACAGUCUAUGAAAAAUGGAUGAAUAUUGUCAAUUGCAACUUGCAAGCAGUCUAGUGUGGGUUGCAGCACUAUAGGAAAUACAAAAGAAACUGGAAAAGCAGCUGGUCUGCAGUAGAAAGCUCCCCCCUGAAGAUCAAAGCUUUAUGUCAUGGAACCUGGAUACUGUCAAGCUGUCAACCAGGGUGUUUCACUCCCUCUCUGUUAGUUCGAGUGAGAUCCUGUAAAAGUGAGGAAGAGACAUCUGCUUUUUUUUAGAGCAGGAAGAGACAUCUGUUUAGCAAACCUGAAGUUGUCGUCUUGUUGACUGUAGCUAUUUUUGAAUUUGUAUUCAUGUCUGUACAGUGUUGUAGGGAAUGUAUAUUUAUUAGCCUCGCGGCUACCUCAUUAUGCAACUUUACUGCUUUAGAAUGCAGAACAAGAAUUGUAAUAACACUCUCUUGGAAUUUCUGCUCAUAAUACAUCUGUGUACUAUGUUGUUUGUACUGUA